CAGUGAGCGUGGGGCCAGCGAACGAACGGCUCCGGCUCCCGCGCCCGCUCCGGCCCGACUCUUCCCCGGCCGCCGCCGCGCCGCGACCUCGGCCGCCGGCCCGCGUCCCCCGCCCGGGGUCGCCCGCCCCCGCCCCUCCCCGGCUGCUGCCGCUCCCCGGCGGAGGCAAGAGGUGGUUGGGGGGACCAUGGCUGACGUUUUCCCGGCCAACGACUCCACGGCGUCUCAGGACGUGGCCAACCGCUUCGCCCGCAAAGGGGCGCUGAGGCAGAAGAACGUGCAUGAGGUGAAGAACCACAAAUUCAUCGCCCGCUUCUUCAAGCAGCCCACCUUCUGCAGCCACUGCACCGACUUCAUCUGGGGGUUUGGGAAACAAGGCUUCCAGUGCCAAGUUUGCUGUUUUGUGGUUCACAAGAGGUGCCAUGAAUUUGUCACUUUUUCUUGUCCUGGUGCGGAUAAGGGACCGGACACUGACGACCCCAGGAGCAAGCACAAGUUUAAAAUCCACACUUAUGGAAGCCCCACCUUCUGUGAUCACUGUGGGUCAUUGCUGUAUGGACUUAUCCAUCAAGGGAUGAAAUGUGACACCUGUGAUAUGAACGUGCACAAGCAGUGUGUGAUCAAUGUCCCCAGCCUCUGUGGGAUGGACCACACAGAGAAGAGGGGCCGGAUCUACCUGAAGGCUGAGGUCACCGAUGAAAAGCUCCAUGUCACAGUACGAGAUGCAAAAAAUCUAAUUCCUAUGGAUCCAAACGGGCUUUCAGAUCCUUACGUGAAGCUGAAACUCAUUCCUGAUCCCAAGAACGAGAGCAAGCAGAAAACCAAAACCAUCCGCUCCACACUGAACCCCCAGUGGAAUGAGUCCUUCACGUUCAAAUUGAAACCUUCUGACAAAGACCGACGGCUGUCCGUAGAAAUCUGGGACUGGGAUCGAACCACAAGGAACGAUUUCAUGGGAUCCCUUUCCUUUGGAGUCUCGGAGCUGAUGAAGAUACCAGCCAGUGGAUGGUACAAGUUGCUUAACCAAGAAGAAGGUGAGUACUACAACGUACCCAUUCCAGAAGGAGAUGAAGAAGGAAACGUGGAGCUCAGGCAGAAAUUCGAGAAAGCGAAGCUCGGCCCUGCUGGUAACAAAGUCAUCACUCCUUCAGAAGACAGGAGACAACCUUCCAACAACCUUGACAGAGUGAAACUCACAGACUUCAAUUUCCUCAUGGUGCUGGGGAAGGGGAGUUUUGGAAAGGUGAUGCUCGCUGACAGGAAGGGGACAGAAGAACUGUAUGCCAUCAAAAUCCUGAAGAAGGACGUGGUGAUUCAGGAUGAUGACGUGGAGUGCACCAUGGUGGAGAAGCGAGUCCUGGCCUUGCUUGACAAGCCCCCGUUCCUGACACAGCUACACUCCUGCUUCCAGACGGUGGAUCGGCUGUACUUUGUCAUGGAAUACGUCAACGGUGGGGACCUCAUGUACCACAUCCAGCAAGUAGGAAAAUUUAAGGAACCACAAGCAGUAUUUUAUGCGGCAGAGAUCUCCAUUGGAUUGUUCUUUCUUCAUAAAAGAGGAAUCAUUUACAGGGAUCUGAAGUUAGACAAUGUCAUGCUGGACUCAGAAGGGCAUAUCAAGAUUGCUGACUUCGGGAUGUGCAAAGAGCACAUGAUGGACGGAGUCACAACCAGGACCUUCUGUGGGACUCCAGAUUACAUUGCUCCAGAGAUAAUCGCUUAUCAGCCGUAUGGGAAAUCCGUGGACUGGUGGGCCUACGGUGUCCUAUUAUAUGAAAUGCUAGCCGGGCAGCCUCCAUUUGAUGGCGAAGAUGAAGACGAGCUGUUUCAGUCGAUAAUGGAGCAUAACGUUUCUUACCCAAAGUCCUUGUCCAAGGAGGCCGUUUCCAUCUGCAAAGGACUGAUGACCAAACACCCCGGCAAGCGGCUGGGUUGCGGGCCCGAGGGGGAGAGGGACGUGCGGGAGCACGCCUUCUUCCGGAGGAUCGACUGGGAGAAACUCGAGAACAGGGAGAUCCAGCCGCCCUUCAAGCCCAAAGUGUGUGGCAAAGGUGCAGAAAACUUUGACAAGUUCUUCACGCGAGGGCAGCCUGUCUUAACACCACCUGAUCAGCUGGUCAUUGCUAACAUAGACCAGUCUGAUUUCGAGGGGUUCUCGUAUGUCAACCCCCAGUUUGUGCACCCCAUCUUACAGAGCGCAGUAUGAAACUCACCACCGAGAACUAACGCCUCCCCAGCCCCCAGCCCUCCAGCAGUGGGAAAUGAUCCUUAACCCUAAAAUUUUAAGGCCAUGGCCUUUUCUCCCGUUCCAGAUGGAGGCCUGAAAAUUUUAGGGUUAUUAGUCCAAAUGUGAGUAACUGUUCAGGGUUUCUGUCUUACAACCAAGAACAUUAUCUUAGUAGAAGGCAGUAUCGUGUACAGUGUUCGGUUUAAGUAUGUAGAAGUCACAUCUGGCUGUAGAUUAACCCUUCUUAAAAAACAAACUCUCCCCCUUUUUUGGUACGGUUUGAUAUAUUUUCCAUGCCCUCUGUCAGUUUCCACCAUUGGGAUUCCCCCAACCAGAGAUGUUAAAAUGAACCUGUCCCGGUCCAGUGGGCAAGAAAAUAUCUCCACCUGAGAUGUCUUUGGACUCAAAGAAUGGGGACCCCAGAAUGUGAGCCAGGCGGGAUUGGGAGUAGGGGAGACUUGGAAAUACCCGCUGCUUCUGUUCUCUGCCUCAAUGGAAACAGUCCCGAGAUGAAUCAAGUCCCUACCGGUGAGUCAUUUGCAAGCUGUUACCAGACGUUGACAGUCUUAACCCAAUCAUGGUUCAGUGAUGACUGGUUUUAAAAAAACAGACACCUCAGAGGAAUGUUGGUGAAUCUGUCAGCUGCCCUAUUUGGAUGAUAAAUUAUCUUGAUACUUGCAUUUCUUUUUAAGAGGCCAAAUCUAAGAACUUUGCUAAAUCAGCAUGUGACAUCAUUUCAGAUCAAGGAUAACCCAGUGUGUGUGUAUGUUCAUUUUAAUCUCUGGGAGAUUAUUCUGUGAUCCAGGGUGCCAUCCGCAAUCAUGCCACUACUCGUGAGUGUUGUUAGCCAACCCCCAGCCCAACCAAUAUUUUGCUGCCUACUUCCUAAGAAGCUGAAGCAUACGCCCCAUCCCCUUUUGUACUUAUUUAUUUAAUAGGCUGCGGUGUCGUUGAUGAGAGUAUUGCUGUAAAGUAACUUAACAGAGUGUUGACUGUAGCAUAAGUCUCCAUCGAUCGGUAUCUCUCCCAUCUCCAGCCCCUGACAUCCACUAAGGGACGGAAACCAAUGCAGUUUUGGUCCCCAUUUCCGGAUCAUGUUGAAUGGCACACCUGGAGGCGUAGAAUCAGGAAAAUCUGGAUGCACAUCAGCUCAAAGAUAUUUUAUUGCUCGAAGGAUUUUAAUAUGUUUUGCAAAUGCAUCAUGCAAUGAAUUUUGCAUGUUUAUAAUAAACCUUAAUUACAAGUGAA